AUGCCGUCUGCUUCGCCGUUGAGGAUGGUGGACACAAACACAUGUUCCACUUCUCCAGCUCGGCCAGUGUUGUCUGCAAGGGCCUCAGUUACGUCAAGAACAAGCAGCAUCCCCGUCACUCCUCUCGAUGACAUUCCCGAGAAACUGUGGCCACGGGUCAUCCGCACUACUACUGCCGCUGAGAUCAGCAACCCCGAGCUUUCGAUCGACGAGAUUACCUCCACAAAACUGUCUCUCGACGACCAGGCCAUUUUGACCAAUGUACCGAGGGAAAGCAGUCGGAAGGAGACACAAUCCCGUAAGCUUGUUAAGAAAGUGGCAUUCGGUGGAAUAUGGGGAGAGAACAACGACCGUCUCAAGAAGAUGACGAAGAGGCUGAAGAAGAUACCAAAUGGCUUAUUCGCCCGUAAAGAGAGAGAACCGUCGCUGCCACCAUUGGAACUCACAAGUGAACUCUGUGUCAAGAGCACCUGCACAUCGUCAAACGCGGGAGACUCUGACGCGAGAAGAUCUCAAGCACCCAUGAUGGACUACGAAUGCAAAGUCAAGGAGUCAGAGUCCUGUGUGGAAGAGAUGACAAAGAUAUCCUCUCUUAUCCGCAAGGAUCUUCAUGAGUUUACAAAUAAAGACCGUAUUUUGCCGCCUCAAGGUCCUGGAAAUUAUGAGCCUUUACCUCGUCACUUGCCUCGUCACUUCACGCAACCCCCGGCUUAUGCCUACGCAGCUUCCACCUCGACUCUCCACUCGAUCCAUGUUGCCGAAGACCGCUUGCUGCAUGGUCCACGCUCGUUGAAGGCAUUCUCUCGUCAUAACGGUGUCACGAGGGCGUCGUCCAUUGGGAGUGUAGAAGAGAUGCGCAGUCACGCCUUUGGAAGCCGAAGAGUCAGUCGACCCAGCUUGUCCAGUGGACCAGCCAGGCACAGAUCUGCCCCAAGUAUCAGCCGGAUAUCGCAAUCAGCCUCACGCCCUGUCACCCAUGCAGGUUCGAUAUCCUCAGUAAGCGCUACGAUAGUCCCUCCCCGGAGACAAGUUGUAUACAUGGAUACGCCUAGCUCGUGUUCUGAAUUCGUUUGGGAUGGCCAUGACUCGAAGAAGCGCCCAUCGACAUCCUUUACAGCGCGGCCCGUGUCCAAGGGGGGCUCUUUUCGAAGCAGCCAAGAUGGCCACGCGAGUCUAUCUUUGAACCUUGCUCCAGAGGUCGAACUCGGCUUGGGGGAGUUGCCCGGCUACAACAAGGUUCCGCUAUAUGUCCCUAGGAGAAUUGAAUUGGCAGAACCCUUUGAAGUAUCACCACUCGACGAGCCAUCUGAGCACAAACAGAAAUUUUUCCUUCAUUCCAAGCUGAAGAAUUCCAAUCCAACCAUUUCAGACGUCUCAUUCGCAUCGCUGCAAGGACAAACUUCCAUCCGGUCACACCUUGAAAGAGAAGCUAUGAUUCAAGAACAAGAAAGCGAGACGUCUGAGACCCGUCCAUCUAUGGGGGGUUGUGAGAAGCUCUCCCGGGCUUUUUGCAGUGCUUGGUCGGAGACGACGACACGACGCUGGCACAAGGGCUACAAGCGUCAUGGUAUGUAA